GUGAUAGUACCUCGCUGGCAUGCACCAGACGUGACCAGGCAAGAACAGGGGUGAUCCUUCUUCCCAUCCACUUCAUCCUGUCAGCCAUGUCCCAUGCCAGACUCACUGCAUGGGAAGGUGCAUCAGCCAGAUGUAUCAGACCAGGAGUUGCCUCAGAUCCUCAGCUGCUGACCAUCCAAGGUGUCUUUCUUCAAACUAGCUGCACUACUUGCGCUAACUUGACUUGUCAUCAGGCUGCCUUUGAUGGAAAGGAGCACGCCAAAAUUCCCACUCCCGCCUCAGAAGCAGUGCCGAAAGCCCUCCUCAUCUUUCGUUGGUAAAAUGAGGUAGACUGGGCUUUUGAUCAUCAAAGCUUUCCUCUUUGGAAGGAGGAGGAGCCGUCUAGUCAUAGGUUCAUUGAUUCACUGCUCAGCAGGAAUGUUUGCUUGGGCACAGCCAAGCCGCACCUCUGAUGACUGUAACAGGCAGCUCUCGCUCUCUCUCUUUUGAUAUACUAUCAGCUUGGUUUAUCAAAGUAUCAACACAGCCUCCCCACUCCAGGACUCAUGUCUUCUGGCCAGGUCUCCCUGCAGAGCAGGCAGGGGCUGCGUAGGAGCUAAGCUCACCUCCUAUUUCAAGGAAUCUUAACAGCCGGCUCUAAGCUACUUAUUUACUUUUUUUGGUCUGUGCAGGAAGUCUGAGCUAAAAAAGGAAAGACAGAAGUAUAAUUACUCUGGCACGCCUGCAUUCUUGCUCCAGGCUCAGGCGGGGAGGGACUUCUUCUUGUCAGAGCCAGGAAGAGCAUCUGAUCCCUGGAGAUCGUCGCCACAAACGUGUGUAACUGAAACCUGCAGCCAUGCUGAAACAGAUAUUAUCAGACAUGUAUAUUGAUCCUGACCUGCUGGCAGAACUCAGCGAAGAGCAGAAGCAGAUCCUCUUCUUCAAGAUGAGGCAAGAACAGAUCAGAAGGUGGGAGGAAAGAGAAGCUGCUGAAGACAAGACUUCAGCAAAGAAGCCCCUGCCAAGAAAAGCCAACAGGAAGUCGGUGACAUGGCGGCUCGGUGCUGACAAUGAUGUCUGGGUCUGGGUGAUGGGCGAGCAUCCUUCAGAUAAACCAUAUGCAGUCAUCUGUGAAGAGAUCCAGGCACAAAGAGCAAAGAGAUUAGAGAGAGAGCAAGGCAAGGAGAGCAGAGAGACUGACUCUUCUGUAACACGGUCUCUAUAUCCACAACAAGGAGUCAUGGGUGAGACAGAACUUCACGAGAAUAAAAAAAGCACUGUGGAGGAAAAGAAGGAAGGUGGGAGAAAAACUGCUGCUGCUACAACAGGGAAAAGCCAGGAGCUCACAAAGGAAACCAGAGAUGUUCACCAGAUGCUAGCAGACUGCCACAUGAGGAAGCAUGGCUUCCAGCAGAUGAAGGAAGCAUGGAGGACAAAUCCAGGAGAAGAGACCACAACCCCCCAGGAGGCAAUACCACAGAGCUACCCCAGCUCAGAGAGCCAAAAGACACUGCAGAAAUCAGAUGAGAAUGAGCCUGAAUGGCAGGAAUCCUUACGGAAAUCCAAGGCAGCAGAUGAGAAGAGACGCUCCCUUGCACGCCAAGCUAGAGAUGACUACAGGAGACUUUCACUGCAGGGCAUGCACAGAGGGAAGCAGGCAGACAUUUCCAAGGGUGCCACAGCAGGGGAUCGGCGACCACUCCAAUAUCCACCUCUCCCACCCAAGCCUAAACUUCUACCUCCUGCAACAGCGAAUGGGAGAGUGAUUAGGAAAGAAGGAAUCCGGAGGACAAUCUCCAAUUCCACCGAAGAAAACAUCAUCAAGUGGUUCAAAGAGGAGCAAUUCCCUCUCCGAGCUGGCUAUCAGAAAACCACGGACACAAUAGCGCCUUGGUUCCACGGUAUCCUAACCAGUAAGAAAGCAGAGGACCUUCUGAACAAAACAGUACCAGGGAGUUUUCUGGUCCGUGUCAGUGAGAAAAUCAAAGGCUAUGUGCUCUCGUAUCGGUCUGUGGAAGGAUGUAAACACUUCCUCAUUGAUGCCUCCAGUGUUUCCUACAGCUUCCUUGGAGUGGACCAGCUACAACAUGCAACACUGGCUGACCUUGUAGACUACCAUAAGGAUGAACCCAUCACUUCCCUGGGGAAGGAGCUGUUGCUUUACCCCUGUGGCCAAGAGGACCAAGAACCAGAUUACAUCUCUCUCUUUGAGUGAACCUCCUGGUCUCGCUGUGCAAGCCCCAUGCUUGCAUUCACAAAGACUGAACUUCGAACUAGAGCUGCUGCUGCUUACAUGAAGCAGUUGCCAUAAGUGCCUCUCUUUUAUAUCCUUCGCAACAAAGUAGAGGAUAAGUACUAUCGUGGGCUUGUCAUAUCAACUGAGUUAAUGGAUGCAUCAGCCCAGCAAGGUGCAAAACACCUGGAUGUAUCACAAUGGACUGAACGAGGCGAUGAAGUAAUCAGGUGAACAGGGAGAUACUGCCAUGUAUUUUCAGCGGUUUUUUUCUGAUUUUCUGGGGGACUUCUGUACUUGAGCUGCCUUUUGUUCAUGAAUACCAGGUUGUGUGCCAUCUGGGAAACAGAUUACCAUCUACAGUUGAAUGCGAUCAUACCUUCUUGAAGGCACAAAACAACUUGGGGAGGUGAAUAAGUCUUGAUAUACUAAUUUCCAUAAUGUGAAGCUUAAUCCUGUAAAAUGCUGUGUCCUUGGAAUCAAGGAUGUUCAAGCCAAACACCUAACCAAACCCUUGAUGCCUUUCAGUGAAAGGUGUUCUCUGUGAACAGAGAUUUUCAAGAAAAGUUAAUUUUUUUAAACUCCUCUUGCCUCUGAAUAUAGAUCCUCACUCUUUUAACCUGUAUUUAAAUGCUACACUGGCCGUUCUACAUAGAGAGGGAUUAACCUUUUGAAAGGGAAAGGAGAAGAGACACAAGAAUUUGUAUGAAAGAGUACCACAUGCACAGAGCCUGAAAAAUGUAAGAAGCAGCACCCAUAUCAGUAUUAGUACAGUUUACAGAGGAGUGUUUGACAGUAAAGAAUGCUGUUUUCCCAAACAGAGCUAUUUAUUGCAAGUUGUGUCCAGUUUACUGAGAUGCAUCUGGAGUAAACUUUAGAACUUGUUCUUUCAAUGAACUUAUUCUUUCAAUGUAAUGUUCUUUCAGUGUAAUGUUCUUCAAUUGUUCUUUCAAUACAACUUGUUCUUUC